AUGGGGUUAGGUACUUGUCACAGUAGUGGUCAUUGGAUUGAACUAGAUAACUGGACAAAGAUAAACAGCGAUCCUGUCUGUUUUGGAACUAAAGAUAACGACUAUGGAUCAUUUGCAAUCCAAGAGGCUGGUCAAAUCUACACAUUUAAACUUGUCCAUACAAGUGGCUCAGUGACAUGUGUAACUAAUUUAGAGUCAACAAAGUGGGGAUGUUCAUACUCAGAUUAUGGAGAUUACAACCUAAUGACAGUGAUGACUUACCGUAAUGGCGUUCUACAACUUGCUGAAUUCGUGAGGAACAUCAACGAGUAUAGAUAUCAACUUGACGGUUUUGAUGUCAACUCACCCACGCUUGUGUUUAACCUUCUUCCCACUCCACUGUCUGUGUCUAGGUAUCAGGAGUUCCAAGUAUGGUAUGGACAAGACUUGGCUGGUUUUACCGAGGAAAAUAAUGCUGGCGAGACAUGCACAGACGUCUAUGCUUUGUACCCUUUAAACUAGAUUUAGUCUGAGAUCAAUUCUAGAUUUAACCAUAAGUGCUAAAGUUAAAAUCUGCAAAGUGAGAUAAACCAUGAAAACAUUUCUGGAAUAUAGUUGGGUUGUGAGACCGAAAAUAAGACGCGAGAUGACUAAACUUAAGGGAGCACUCUUACG